UGCGUUAGUGGCGCCAAGAUGACCGUUCCCUCGCUACCUCCUAUGUGGCAGCUCUACCUGCUAGAUACCCGCAUCUCUACCUUCCAGAACUGGCCCUUUACGGAGGACUGCGCCUGCACACCGGAGCGGAUGGCUGAAGCUGGGUUCAUCCAUUGCCCAAGUGAGAACGAGCCUGAUUUAGCCCAGUGCUUCUUCUGUUUCAAGGAACUAGAGGGCUGGGAACCAGAAGAUGAUCCUAUGUUGGAACAUAAAAAGCACUCAUCUAGUUGUGCCUUCAUCAGCAUUAAGAAGAAGAUUGAAGAUUUAACACUCAAUGAAUUCCUGAAACUGGACAAAGAAAGAGCUAAAAACAAGAUUGAAAAGGAGACCUCCCGGAAAAGAACUGAAUUUGAGGAGCAUGCAAAGGAAGUACGGCAUGACAUUGAGCAAUUGGCUGCUUUGGAGUGACUCCUGUCUCCUUGAUACGUUAUCUCACAGCUUAAUCAUUAAUUCUGAGGCAUAUUCUCCAAAUACUAGUGUGGAAUUCAUUUAAUGAUACCUUUUAACAGGAGAGAACUUUGGGAAUUUGACAUUAGACUUCAUCAGCUGUUUUUUGCUUGAAGAUGGUGCCAGACGACAACUUGAUUCCCAUCUUAUUCUGCUUAUGUUUAUGGUGUUGGUGACUUCUUUCUUUUUGGAGCUAUUUUUAAAUUUUUGUAUUUUUAUAUUGCUACCGCCUGGCCUUGCCAG